AUGGUUGUUGGUUCCGGAAAUACCCUGAAGACAGAGACGCUCAUGGCAUACACGAAGAACAAGUUCCCCGACGUAUUCGUGCCCCCCGUGUUCGACAACUACGCGAUCACGGUGAUGAUUGACAACGAGUACUGGAUCCUCGGGCUCUUCGACAGCAGUGGGCAGGAGGACUACGACCGCCUGCGACCGCUCUCGUACCCGCAGACAGACGUGUUCCUCGUGUUCGCGCGCAUCGGCAGCCCAAUCAGCUACGAGGACGUCCGAGAGAAGUGGGUGCCCGAGAUCAGACACCAUUGCCCGGGCGUGCCCUUCCUGAUCGUCGGCAUCGGGAGCCACGACGACGACGAGCUGUUGGAGAAACGCAAAGGAGCAAGAGAGCCAUCCAGGCGCGAGGAUUACACGCGGAUGGGCAAAAACCUGGCCAGCCAGCUUGGCGCGGUCAAGUACGUCGAGUGCAACAUCUUCACGCAACAGGGCCUGAAAGAGGUCUUUGACGAAGCAAUCAUUGCGGCCCUUGAACCCCCAGUAUCUAAAAGACGCAAGAGACGGUCUUGGAGGCCCGGGUUCUUGAAAGCCCUGAGGGAGACCAAUGAGGAGGAUUGA